AUGUCAACACCACAACGCUUUUAUAAUCGCACACCUGGCCCAAUACCAGUCGCCCGCUUGCCAACCGACGAUAACGAUUCAAGUCCGCCUUUGCUUGCUCCACUCACACUAGAUUACGAAAAAUUUCUAGAUGAUAACAAUAAGUGCAAGGAAAAGAUAGAAGCAUGUAUCAACUUGGCAAAGAAGAAUCUUCAGAUAAAAAAGCAAAAAUGGAUAAAUGGAAUUCCCGCGUUUGAAGAGGAACGGCAGAGGACCAUGCGUGAGCUCGAAUCUGCUUUAAAAGCAGGAUCAAAUUUACAAGAGAUGUUAAAAAAAGAGCAAGAAGAGAUGGAUGAAAUUAAGCGAGAUGUUUCUUUAUCUCAAAAUCAAUAUCAAUUGUUAAUGGAUCGAAAAGAGAGUAUUCAAAAGCAGGUUGCUGACAUGGAAGAAGAAGUGAGAAAAGCUAGAGACGCUUCUAACGCCAGAUUGCAGUGGUUACAGAAGCAGUCAGUAAAAAACGAGCCGGAAUUAAAACUGUAUCAAGAGAAAUCGGCAAUGGAGAUACGAGCAGUGAGAGAGGACGUGGUAGCAUUUAUCUUCACUUGUAUUAAUGAUCGUGAUCCGACGCGACAAUAUUCGUUUACGUUGGAUUGCAGCGCAUAUCAAUACAAAGUGUUGGCAUGUUCUUUGUCGUCAGACAUAUAUAAUCCAUUGCUGACCGAACUUAAUAUUACGCGCGAUCUCUACGCAUUCAUCAAGAAGAUGCGAAAGGCAUUCAGAGAAGUACAUAAUAAAAGCUAG